UAAUUCCCGGCAGCCCCGCGGCUAGAGCGUCGCCUGCUUCUGGGGACCCGCGUGUGACCUUCCCGCCCGCGCACCGAUGCUGCCGGCGGCCGCUCGUCCCCUGUUGGGGCCGUGUCUCGCGCUUCGGGGCGCCGCACUCCGCCUCGCCAGGCAGCAGGUGCCGCGUGUCUGUGUAGCGCGACAGAUGAGGAGCAGCAGCCAUCGAAUGGGCGAGGCCCUCGCCGGUGCACCCCUGGAUAAUGCCCCCAAAGAGUACCCCCCCAAGAUCCAGCAGCUGGUGCAGGACAUUGCCAGCCUCACGCUCCUGGAGAUCUCUGACCUCAACGAGCUCCUGAAGAAAACGCUGAAGAUCCAGGAUGUGGGGCUCAUGCCGAUGGGCAGCAUGGUGCCUGGUGCUGUCCCUGCUGCUGCAGCCCCUGAGGCCACGGAAGAGGAAGACAUCCCCAAACGAAAAGAACGGACACACUUCACCGUCCGCCUGACAGAGGCGAAGCCCGUGGACAAAGUGAAGCUGAUCAAGGAGGUCAAGAGCUUCGUGCAGGGAAUCAACCUUGUGCAGGCAAAGAAGCUGGUGGAGUCCCUGCCCCAGGAAAUCAGAGCCAACGUCGCCAAAGCUGAGGCUGAGAAGAUCAAGGCGGCCCUGGAGGCGGUGGGCGGCACCGUGGUUCUGGAAUAGCCCGAGGCUCCGAGGACUUGUGUUGAGGGGUCUCUGGGACCCCGGACGAGGCCCUGGCCACACUGUCCUAGCACCAGGCCCCUAGAUGGGGAAUUGGGGUGUGAGAGCUACGGGCGCCAGGUGGCCAGAAGGACAGGACGGACCUACUGUGAUGGGGCGGGAGGGGCAGCCGCUGCCUGCGGGAGCGCCAGGGAGCCCGACUCCAGACACACUGUGUGCAUUACCACGUGCUGCUCUGAUGGCCACUGAGACAAAUACACUGUUCGGGCUUGA